CCGGAGCGGCGGUUCGCGGCGUCUGGAGAGGCCGCCUCAGCGCUCCAAGAUGGCGCGGGCAGGGGGCGGGGGUGCGCGCGACCCCCGGGCCGGCCCCGCGGGGUGACCCCCCGUCCCGAGGUCCGAGCGGGCGGGGCGUGCUGGGCGGGCCGGGCGAGGACCGCUCCACCCUCGCGUGCGCCGCCCAGCCAUCUGCCGAAGCGCGAGCGGCGCCGGGGUCCGAGGCCUCGCGCUUUCGCCUCCGGGCAGGACCCCCGCCGGCGCUCGGCCUCCCCGCUCGGGCCUCUGUCCAGAGCGCGUGACGCGCCUUCGCCCCGACCGUCGCGAGGGCGCGUGGGGUUGCGGACGCGCGGCCGCCGCCCGGGCCGCGCCAGGAGGGGACCGACUCUGGGCUGGGCGCCGCCUCCCGAGUGCCGCGCCGCCGCCGCGCCCCAGACGGCGCCGGGUCCCAGACGGCGGGAGGCGGUGGAGGCCGGCGCCCCUGCUCUCGGCGGCCCGGAGGCGGGGCUCGUUCUCGCCGCAGGAGCGAACCGAGGGCGGGCGGGAAGCGCGCCGUGCUCGCGGAGAGUCCCCGCGUGCUGGCCUCUCGGCGGUGCGGACUCCUGCCCGCGGGAGCUCUCCGCCUGGGAGGCGGGCACAGCAGGACGCAAGCGGCUCGAGUUCAAGGCAGAAGGGGCCAGAGAAGGUGCACUGUGCUGUAAUCACUCAAAGGAUAACCAAAUGUGCCGUGAUGUAUGUGAACAGAUAUUCUCCUCAAAAAGUGAAUCCCGACUAAAACAUCUGUUACAGCGAGCCCCAGAUUAUUGCCCUGAAACAAUGGUUGAAAUUUGGAGUUGUAUGAAUUCAUCUUUGCCAGGUGUGUUUAAGAAGUCUGACGGCUGGGUUGGCUUAGGUUGCUGUGAACUGGCUAUCACCUUGGAGUGUCGACAGGCGUGUAAGCAGGCAUCUUCAAAAAAUGAUAUUUCCAAAGUUUGCAGAAAAGAAUAUGAGAAUGCUCUUUUCAGUUGCAUUAGCAGAAAUGAAAUGGGCUCAGUGUGUUGUAGUUAUGCAGGCCAUCACACAAACUGCCGAGAAUACUGUCAAGCCAUUUUUCGAACAGACUCUUCUCCUGGUCCAUCUCAGAUCAAAGCUGUGGAAAAUUAUUGUGCCUCUAUUAGUCCACAAUUAAUACACUGUGUGAACAAUUACACCCAAUCUUAUCCAAUGAGGAACCCAACAGAUAGUUUAUAUUGCUGUGACAGAGCUGAAGACCAUGCUUGCCAAAACGCCUGCAAGAGAAUUCUGAUGUCUAAGAAAACAGAAAUGGAGAUUGUGGACGGCCUCAUCGAGGGUUGUAAGACCCAGCCCUUGCCUCAGGAUCCUCUCUGGCAGUGUUUUCUCGAAAGCUCACAGUCUGUUCACCCUGGAGUCACUCUACACCCUCCUCCCUCUACGGGCCUCGAUGGGGCUAAAUUGCAUUGUUGUUCUAAAGCAAAUACUUCAACAUGUAGGGAACUGUGCACUAAACUUUAUAGCAUGAGCUGGGGCAACACCCAGAGCUGGCAAGAGUUUGAUCGCUUUUGUGAAUAUAAUCCAGUGGAAGUGUCCAUGUUGACCUGUUUAGCAGAUGUUCGGGAACCUUGUCAGUUGGGCUGUAGAAACCUUACCUACUGUACUAAUUUUAACAACAGGCCAACAGAACUUUUCAGGAGUUGUAAUGCUCAGUCAGAUCAAGGAGCCAUGAAUGACAUGAAGCUGUGGGAAAAAGGAAGCAUAAAGAUGCCGUUUAUCAACAUUCCUGUUCUUGACAUUAAAAAGUGCCAGCCAGAAAUGUGGAAAGCAAUAGCUUGUUCACUGCAGAUUAAACCCUGUCACAGUAAAUCCCGGGGAAGUAUUAUUUGCAAAUCAGAUUGCGUGGAGAUUCUCAAGAAAUGUGGGGACCAGAACAAAUUCCCCGAAGACCACACAGCUGAAAGUAUCUGUGAGCUUCUGUCACCCACAGAUGACCUGGAGAGUUGUAUACCUUUGGAUACCUACCUCAGGCCAAGUACUUUAGGUACCAUUGUGGAAGAGGUGACUCACCCCUGUAACCCAAGUCCCUGCCCCACCAAUGAGCUCUGUGAGGUGAACCGGAAAGGGUGUCCGGCCGGAGAUCCGUGCCUUCCAUACUCUUGUGCUCAGGGUUGCAAAUUGGGAGAAGCCUCUGAUUUUAUCGUGCGUCAAGGGACACUGAUCCAGGUGCCAUCAUCUGCAGGGGAAGUUGGUUGCUAUAAAAUUUGCUCAUGUGGACAAAGUGGACUCUUGGAAAACUGCAUGGACAUGCACUGCAUAGACCUUCAGAAGUCUUGUAUUGUCGGAGGGAAAAGAAAGAGUCAUGGAGCAUCCUUUAACAUCGACUGCAAUGUCUGCUCUUGCUUUGCUGGCAAUUUAGUGUGUUCUACCCGCCUGUGCAUCAGUGAGCACAGUUCAGACGAUGACCGUCGCACCUUCACAGGUCUGCCCUGUAACUGUGCAGAUCAGUUUGUCCCCGUGUGUGGGCAGAACGGACGCACUUACCCCAGUGCCUGCAUUGCUCGCUGUGUGGGCCUCCAAGACCAUCAAUUUGAGUUUGGAUCGUGCAUCUCAAAGGAUCCAUGUAAUCCUAACCCCUGCCCCAAAAAUCAAAGAUGCAUACCCAAACCACAAGUCUGUCUGACGACGUUUGAUAAAUUUGGAUGUAGCCAACAUGAAUGUUUGCCAAGACAGCUCACCUGUGACCAGGUCCGCGAUCCUGUUUGUGACACAAACCAUCUGGAGCACAGCAAUCUCUGCACUUUGUACCAGAGAGGGAAAAGCCUCUUAUACAAAGGCCCCUGCCAGCCGUUCUGCAGAGCCACAGAGCCCGUCUGCGGGCACAAUGGGGAGACCUACAGCAGCGUGUGUGCUGCCUACUCGGAUCGUGUGGCGGUGGAUUACCACGGGCCCUGCCAGGCCAUCGGGGUCCUCUCAGAGUACAAUUCUGUCACUGAAUGCGCUGCUGUGAAGUGUCCUUCGCUCUCGGUGACUGAGUGCAAACCUGUCAUCCCACCUGGUGCUUGUUGCCCGUUAUGUGCUGGGAUGUUAAGAGUUUUAUUUGACAAAGAAAAGCUGGAUACUAUUGCUAAGGUAACAAACAAAAAGCCGAUAACAGUUCUGGAAAUACUUCAGAAAAUCCGCAUGCACGUGUCUGUCCCACAGUGCGACGUAUUUGGAUACUUCAGCAUUGAGUCAGAAAUUGUGAUCCUGAUUGUUCCUGUUGAUCAUUCUCCAAAAGCUUUGCAGAUUGAGGCCUGCAAUAAAGAAGCGGAGAAGAUCGAAUCCCUCAUCAACUCUGACAGCCCUACCCUGGCAUCCCACAUCCCCCUGUCUGCCCUCAUCAUUUCCCAGGUACAGGUCUCUAGCAGCGUGCCGUCGGCCGGCAUCGGGACCACACCCCCCUGCCACUCCUGCCUCUUCCUCAGCCUGGGCCUCGCCUUGCACUUGCUCUGGAGACACAACUGACUGCCCGUGAGAAGGGUAAAAUGUGCCUCGAUCUAGUUUUUCUACCUUGUGAAAAACAUACAGGACUGCUGGUUUGUAGUUGAAUAGUGGCCAAGUGAAAGCUCUUGUCACCUCUAUUCACCACACAGUAUUUUUUCUUCAACCUGCCAAUAUUUGUAGGGCUUUUGUUUUGUUUUUUACAAAUGUUAAAAUAUAUGCUUCCAAAUACUUUUGAAAAGAGGAUGUCCCCUUCAGGUGGAUCACCCCUUACCAUUUACAUUUUGCUCCUUUGAUGGGUCCUCUACUCUAAACCAAAUUCAGGAUUACUGAUAAAUGAGAUGAUCCCUUUUUAGAAAGAUAGCUCACUUCACUGUGGGCUUCAUAUCACAGGAACUUCAUUUCAGAGUUCCGUUAAGUAUUCAGAUGCCCCUAGGAGGUGUGUGUUUCUUUGCAGACAGUUACCUCCUCUGUCUGGAAGCGGGGCUCGCGGUGAAGAGCUGCUGCUAUUAGAGGAAGAAAUAAAGGGAAAGCGUUUUGAAAUGAUCAUGUAAGUCAUCGGGCAAAUUUAAUUUACAGAAAUGUAAUUUGGGAACCCAUCUAUCUUGUUAAGUAAAAGCAAGCUGAUUAAGUGACACUCAGAUAAUGAUAUAUGGUGGCCGUCUCAGUGGUUACUAAUGUGCUUACUGUGACUUCUGUGAAAGGCAGUUACGUCGCAUCAAAGCGUCUUGCAUUAUGCAUUUUUAUAUUAACCAGAUGUAUAUUCUUCAGUAUUCAUCCAAGUUAAAUUUAGAGUUUUUAAACAUCAAUCUUUAAACCAAUUGCUGCUACUUAUUUAAUUGCCAAAAAGUGAAAUAAAGAGUAGUUCAUGUAAAAAAUACAUGAUUUUUCUAUUUUAUUAUGAAGGUGAACAGCCAUAUUUGUAAAGCGACAAUCAUGCAUGUUAACCCAGUACUUUCUCUUCGUGGAGACACAUUUGCUUUCUGUGAUAUGCACAAUAUAGAUAAGUGUUCUGUCUGACUUUCUUUUUGAUAUAGAAUUAUAAAGAAUUAUGGUUUAUAUAUUUAAAAAUGUCAAUCUAAGUAUUAAAAUGUUUGCAUGUUGUCUAAGAAGUGGAAUACUUUGAAUGUGUUUCACAGUUUGAAAUAAGCUAUUCAAUGUAAUACUUCUUGUUUGUAUGCACCUAAACUUAGACUUUACAUGAAGUAUUGUUUUCAGUAUUAUAUGUACUCUCUGGAAUAUAUAGGGAUGUGCUUAUUUUACCAAAACGUUGUUUAACAGUGGGCACUUCAAGGUUCCGGAUGAUCUCGGGGCUGCUGGAGCGUGUUUGCUGCAUCGGCCUUUUCUCUAUAAAUGUCUUCAAUGCAAUAUACUGGAAAGCUUUUCUAUUUUAAUAAAAACAAUUUUUAUAUGAUCUUAUGUACUUCUAA